ACAAUGGCGCCGAUCGUUGAUAGUAUUAGUAAUAAUAAUGAAUGACCAGCAUUUUUUACGCGUGUUUUUGUUUUAAUCGUACAAUAACAGAUCAAAUUCACUCAAGCGCUUUCUUUGGAUGUGAAAUACGAAAAUAAUAAACAGCAUGAUUAAAUCGUAAAAGUAAUUUGGAUUGCAUCCAUGACCCGAGACAAUCUGAGAAAAAUAAAUAUUCCACAUUACAAAUUGAAUAAAGAAUUUAAUUUUAUUUAAAUCAAUAAACAUUCCACAAUCACAACACUUUCCUUGUUCUUUAAGCUUUAUUCAAAACAAAUAAAUCAACGCGCAACGAUGUUUCCUCAUUUAAUUUAUUCAUUCGCAAUUGAUGCGCUACGUAUCUACAAUGAAUAUAAAUGUUACGAUUUAUCAUUAAUUAUUCUCGAUGAUGAAAUAGCUGUCAAGUGUCAUUCAUCUCAGGACAGUCCGUGUGACAACACGUCAGGCAAAAUGGCCGAAAUAAAACGAGUUCUAGUGCUGUACACUGGAGGUACAUUCGGUAUGCUGAAAAACGAAAAAGGCGUAUUGGUACCGCAAAAAGAUAUAGAGAGUGUUAUUAGGAAACUACCGCAGCUACAUGACGAUGCAUACUGGAAGAACAACCUCGCUGGUACAGAUAAGAAGGAUUACCUAGCAUUACCGGAUGGAAAAGACACGGAUGUUAAAAUUUUGUACCAGAUUUACGAAUACGAUGAACUCAAAGAUUCUUCGGAUUUCACGAUAGACGAUUGGAUAAAAAUGGCGAGAGAUAUUAAGCGGUUUUACCAUGAUUACGAUGGAUUCGUGGUUCUGCACGGCACCGACACAACUGCGUACGGUGGUUCGGUCCUGUCUUUCAUGUUGGAAACCGUCGGAAAGACUGUUGUACUCACUGGUGCUCAGGUUCCAAUAUUUCAACCUCGAAGCGAUGGUAACAACAAUUUGUUAUGCGCUGUGCUGAUAGCGGCCACUCAACGCAUACCAGAAGUAACAGUGUUCUUUGGAGCAAAACUCUUUAGGGGAACUAGAGUGAAAAAAGUAUCGAACACGCGUAUUUACGCAUUCGACACCCCGAACUUUCCUCCGUUGUUGGAAGCGAAGACCACUUUAGAGGUGGAUCCGAAAAUGUUGAUACAUCCUCCAGGAUCAGUUCCCAAUGAAUGCAGGCUACACGACCAGCUAUCCAGGAAGGUUUACAUUUUGAAGGUGGCGCCUACAAUUACACCUGAGUUGAUCCGUGGAGUUUGUGAAGGCAUGGAAGGGGUAGUUCUAGAGACAUAUGGAAACGGGAACAUACCAAUCAAGCGCAAAGAGAUCUACAAGGAGAUCGAAAGAGCUGUUAAGAACAACGUGUUGGUUGUAAACGUAACUCAAUGCAUUAACGGUACCGUCCUUGGGAAGGCCAUUUACGAAACUGGACUUUUACUCGUGGAAUGCGGAGUGGUUCCGGCCUUCGAUAUGACAGCCGAAGCGGCCUGGGCCAAGUUGUGUUACGUACUGACCAAAACGGAGCUGAGCUAUCAACAAAAAGUAGAGGUGCCUAAAUGGAUCCAUCAAUUUUUUUUUGCCAUUGCACAAAGACGACUUUUAUAAAUCCUGAUAAAAAUCAGACGGAUUCUCUUGUAUAUCGGGAUUGCCAAUAGCAAAAUCAAUACCAAUCGAUUUUUUUCCCAACCCAUGUAGCCUCGGGAGGUUAUGGUCAACUUAGCCGAGCGAAUAGGUUAGCUCACGGGGCUUUAAUCUGUCGACGUUGCUAGCACUGGCCCCAGCAAGAGUAGUGCUUCGCAGAAUUUACCACCGGAUCGAAAACGCGACCCACGUUGUGAAGAUCCGACGAGGAACUCAGUGGGCUGCCUGGGGGUUAAUUUGUUCGCGGAAUCCUUCGUCGCAAGCGACGGGUUCGACGAGAACAGUGACCGGUGCUUGAGGUGCCUAGAAGCACCAAAUAGAAGGAUUUUAGUGGAUCGAGAGGGCCCGAAAUGACUUUUUACCCGUCGAUUUACACUUCGCACCAUGAUAUAUGCAUCUGAGUUCCCUGACGAAGCUUAUGACAACGCAAACAUACGAUACCAGGAUGAGACCUCAAUCAGAUAAUUCCAACAAGUCAACUACUUAGACUUUAUUGGCAUUGAGUUUAAUUUCAUUGGAUUCACUAAUCUAUUUUAUUUUGAUCACCCUUACCAAGAAUAUGUAAAACUGAGAUUACGUCUUUUUGUUUACCAAAAUAAAAUUACAGAAAAUUUCUAAUAUAACCAUACAUUCUAAUAUGACCAAACAGGGCCAAGUAACAGGCACAACCAUUUUCGAUGGACUGAAUAGAAGGGAAUAUAAUGAUAGAUUGCGGUGUUAAAAUUUGAAAGACUCAUUCGAAUAAAUGAAAUACUAAAAUAUUAAUUAAACUAUUGAUAUUUUUGUUUAAUAAAUAUAAAAUAAACAAACAUACGAACACGCAAACAGAGCAUAUACGUACAUAUCGAAUAAUUAAUAAUUAUCUUUUUUCAGUUGAUGAAGACAAACAUAAGAGGAGAACUGGAAAAUCCUAAUUCGCGGCACUAAAUAAUUAAAA